UUUCCGGGCUUUGGUCGGACUGAACAGCCAUUAGCGGGCUGCGGGGCUGUGCGUUCGUCUGUUGCUGUCUGUAAACAGGAAAAACGCGCUCCACGGAGCUGCUGGAAGAUCACCGACACGCGUGGACCGAGUGUGCGGGGUUUGCGGUGAGGACCAGGAGCAGCAGGCGGCGGUUUUCCUCCGGGAUGUGAGCGUCGGACGGCCGCGGUCCGCUGAGCUCGGAGCACGCUGAGGCUUCGAACCAUUAGCAGCUCCCACCACUGUUCCCCGGGGAUCCAUGGAGUGUGCACGAAUACCUGUCGGACCCGGAUUCCCAUCGGGGUGGUGAUGAGGGGCACCGGGAGGAAGCGUGGGGUCCAGCCCUGAGGAGGCGUCCUGCGGCUGGGAGGAGCACCUCCCUCCUGCGGCGCUCUGGGACGCUACUUCUAAGAUGUCCCUCAGCAGCGGUCCUGCAGGCGGGAAAGGUGUGGACUCCAGCGCGGUGGACACGUACGACAGUGGUGAUGAGUGGGAUAUCGGUGUUGGCAAUCUGAUAAUUGACCUGGACGCCGACUUGGAGAAGGACAAGCUUGAAAUGUCUGGCAGUAAGGAGGGAGGCGGCCUGGCUGGCCCUCCGAGCGCUGUGGCUACUUUGCCUGACAACAUCAAAUUUGUUAGUCCAGCCACCACACAAGGCAAAGAGAGCAAAUCUAAAUCAAAACGGAGUAAGAACUCAAAGGAGAGUGCUAAGGCCCUGGUCCCAGACAGCACAAAGAAGGAAGCUCAAGCACGGGCCUCUGGAGAUCCCCUUCCCCAGAACACCAACUCUACCUCCACUAAAGGCAUUGAGAAGACUGGUAAAGCCUCACGGACUCUCACCGCUGUGAAGAAGGACAAGGAGGGCAUGCCUGGUAAGACUAAAAAGGAUAAAAUGGAGAUUGUGGCCACUGGAAUUAUUACAGAGAAAGACUCUGGGACCCCCAUCUUGCAGGUAGGGGUCACUCGCAGUAGCCCAUUUGAAUGCCAGCAACAAAACUUGGAGUUAGUUGCCGCUGAGUAUCUUGGAAAUAUGGCACUGGACUCUGCAGGGAUUGGUCAGCCUGUAACCAUGACAGUGGAGCAAGAGGAGGUGGACAACAGUGAAUGCAGAAACCUGAAGAAAUCCAGGAGUGAGAAGAUGGAGUCUCCCGUCUCCACUCCUGCACCUCCUCCUCUGCACCUCCUCGCUCCCAUCACCAGCAGUGACAUCUCUUCUCCCUGUGAGCAGAUUAUGGUUCGCACGCGCUCAGUGGCGGUCAACACUGCAGACGCCGCACUGGCGACCGAGCCGGAGUGCUUGGGACCGUGUGAGCCGGGGACCAGCGUCAAUCUGGAGGGCAUCGUGUGGCAGGAGACAGAAGAUGGAAUGUUGGUCGUCAACGUAACCUGGAGGAACAAAACGUACGUUGGGACCCUGCUUGACUGCACGCGGCACGACUGGGCCCCACCACGAGUUGGAAGUCCAAUGAACAGAAGGUUCUGUGAUUCUCCCACCAGUGAUGUGGAGAUGCGUAGUGGCCGUGGCAGAGGGAAGAGAAUGCGUCCCAGCAGCACCAUGCCGCUGAACGACAACAGUAACUCCUCAGACAACAAAGGCAGCAGCAACAGCAAGACACGAGGGGCUGCUGCGAGCAACAAAGGCCGGCGUGGCAGCCAGACGACUGGCAGCACAGAGGACGUGAAGGCCAGUCCAUCCUCUGCAAAGAGAAAGACCAAGCCAGCCUCUGAUAUGGAGCCCACAUCCAGUUCUGAGGACACAAAGGGUUCCAAACGCAUUAGAACCAACUCCACUGGUGCAGCAGCUCACCUUCCCCGAAGUAAAAGUGACCCUCUGCCACCUCCACAGCUCGACCGCACCUGCCCCUCCCCUGUGCUUAUAGAUUGCCCACACCCCAACUGCAACAAGAAGUACAAGCACAUUAAUGGGCUGAAGUACCACCAGGCCCGGGCUCACAAUGACCACGAUAUCCGAUUGGAUCAAGAUGGAGACAGUGAAUAUGGGGAUGAUCCUGCCCUUCAUCCUGACUUUUCCUGCAACGGUGCUGCCAUUUCACCGGCCCGAUCUGCUACACCGAAGGGCCGUGGCUUUGAUGUCCCCUCCCCGUCAUCGGGGAAGGUGAUCUCAAAACAGGUGAAGAAAAAACCUGGGGAAACUGAGCCAGAGGGGACAGAUGGUGGAGAGGAGGUAGCAUGUUUGACCGAUGAGGCUAGCAAUGAUGGAAUGGAUGAUAGAAAGGCCAAGAAAAUGGUAGCAGGUGGCAAGCCUGACAAACUGAACCAGAAAGGCCUGAAAACAGCCCGACUAGGAGUUUCCACUAGUCCUGGUGCCCCGUCAUCCUAUGCCCUCCAGUCAUCCUCUCCUGUACUGGGAUCAGUAGUACAAUCCCUUCCUAAGAGCCCCCAGGUGAAGAGCAUCCAACCUAAACCUUUGUCACUGGUUGAUCCUCCUACCAGUCCUGCUCUUGCCAAGGACAAGAAGAAGAAAGACAAGAAAAAAAAGGAUGGAGGGAGGGAGGGGGAUAGUCCAAAGGCGAUGGGUAAGAGCGGAAGGCCAGAGGAAGGAAAGAGCCCAUAUUCAGAUACAUCAGACACUUUGCUCAAUGGCUCCAUGGAAGCUCAUCAGAAUCGACUGGCCAGCAUUAAGGCAGAGGCAGACAAGGUGUACAGUUUCUCAGACAAUGCGCCCAGCCCAUCAAUUGGUGUAGCCAGCAGGAUGGAGGCGGGCCUUGCUCCCCAAUUGCACGUCAAUCAAAAUGGAGCUGACAACACAUCUGUCAAAACUAGCAGCCCUGCCUACUCUGACAUUUCUGAUGCCGGGGAAGACGGGGAGGGGAAGGCGGAAGGCCUGAGGGCCAUAAAGUCGGAGCCAGACCCGAGCUCCGGUGCAAAGAAAGCACUGUUCCCAACGCAGGCACCCAGUAAGGAGUCAUCCUACUACCCCACCUAUGACUCCUAUUACUCUCCAAACUACACAAACCCCAGUCCAGGAACUGCACCGGUGGCACCUCCUCAUGUCGAAGGAGCACAGGGGAAGGUGAAGAAAGAGGAGGAGCAAGAGGUGGGGGACGAAGGCAAAUUAAGAGCAGAGCCUCAAGAGGAGAGAAAGGUGGAGCCAGGACCUCACCAGCCCUCAGUCAUCCAGCAGCGCUCCAACAUGUUCACACAGCCGCUGUAUUACAACCAGUAUUACAUCCCCCCUUAUUCCUAUCCACCUGAUCAGGCCUACCAUGCCCACCUACUGGCAACUAGUCCCGCCUACCGCCAGCAGUACGAGGAAAGGCAGCGACAUAUGGAAAAGAAGGUUGAAGGCAAGGACCGGGAGGUUUGUGGGAAAGAGGAUUGGAAACAGAAAGCCUCCGUGCCCCCGACCCUGUGCAGAGCCCCGAGCCUGACUGACCUCAGCGGUAAGGGGGGCCCGAACACAGGCAGGCCCAAAGACCUGCCAGUAUCAUCAGAGCAGGCCAAAUCAGUCAUCAUGUCGAAGGGAGAAGAUGCCAAGAUCCCAGCCCUCCAGUCCGAGGGUCUAAAGAUGAAGCUCGGUGAGGCAGGGCACCAUGGGAAGGAGGAGGUCAAGUCAGGGCUGGAGUCCAGCAGGCCAUCGGGUAUAGAAACCACAAUGUGGUACAGACAGGAGCCUGACUCGCGCCUCUGGCCGUAUGUCUAUCCCAACAAAUACCCAGAAGCUCUAAAACCUCAGGAGGAGGACAAAUGGAAGGAUGAAAGGGAGAAGGAGCGAGAGAGAAAAGCCAAGGAGGAGAGGCCGCGGAUGAAAGAUGGCCUACAGAAAGAGGAGGCGAAGGAAGGGAUGGAGGGCAGGACUCAAGUGUCUUUAGAAGAGCACCGCGGAGGAGUCAAAGAGGCACGCCCCCCCCACGUGCAGUUUUCUUCCCCUCUGGCUCAGCACCAGGGGUACAUGCCCUACAUGCACAGCACCUACGCCUACAGCCAGGGUUACGACCCCAGCCACCCCGGCUACCGGGGCGUGCCCUCUGUCAUGAUGCACAACUAUCCAGCCUCGUACCUGCCAGCGGGUUACUCGUUCCCCCCGUAUGGAGGGAAGGUUCCGGUCGGGGAGGAGGGGGAGAAGCCCUCGAGGUCCAGUCCCACAGUGACGCUCCAGGCUGAGGCCAAAGCUCUGGACCUGCUGCAGCAGCACGCCAGCCAGUACAAGAGCAAAUCCCCCUCCAUCCAGGACGCCAAGCCUCCACACGACCGGGACAGGGAGCGGGACCGGGAGAGAGAGGGCGACCGGCCGCGGUCCUCGCCGUCCCAGCGCAUCUUGCCUUCCCACCAUCACCUGGCGUACCCGCUGCUCUCAGGACAGUACGACCUGUCCUACGCCUCAGGCCUCUCAUCCUCAGCCUUUGUUGCCAGUCAGCAAGCUUCCGCCCCAUCCAUGUACCCACCUGCUCGGAGGUGAGAAAGGCACACGUGAUGGCUGACCUCUGCCCUGCACGGAGUCAUGUGACUGCUCCCCCCCCCACAGUACUGCAGAGACUUCGGGAUGGUCAGUCCUGCUGCUUUUCCAUUUGAAGCUCGCUGGCUGGUGCCAAGGCGGACCUGGCGGUCGGAGACCCUGCUGGCUGUCGUUGCUGCGCGGGACGCGGGCGUUGCUGGGUGUCUCAGAGGUGG